AUGGUGCAGGCGGCGUCGCAGGUGGCGGACUGGCGCGGCGCACGACGUCUGCUCGAUGCGAUGGGCCGGUGCGGCAUGCCGGCAGACGGUCCUGCAUACGGCCACGCCCUGGUCGCUUGCGCGCGGGCGUCGGAGCUCGAGGCGCCGAUGGCGUUGCUCGAGGAGCUGCGGGAGGCAGGAGUGCCGCCGGAGCUGCGGCCGUUGAACCAGCUCAUCGCUGCGUGCGGCCGGCGCGGGAAGUGGAAGCUGGCCUC